CUUCGCGGUCUGGUGCAGUUCUCCCUGCGCCGCCUGCUGCGCGCGCCCGGCCCCGCGCCCUUCAGCGCCCCCCGCGCCAGAGAGUAUCUUGAAAACAUAACAGCAUUUAAUUCCCGGACAGUUGGAAGUCCAGAAAAUGAAAUUCUCACAGUGAACUACCUCCUGAAGCAAAUUAAGAGAAUUGAAGCUGCAAGCAGUGACAUCCACAAGAUUUCCGUAGAUAUACAAAGGCCAACAGGAACCUUCACGAUUGACUUUUUAGGAGGCUUUACCAGUUAUUAUGCAAAUAUCACCAAUGUUGUUGUUAAACUGGAGCCCAGAAACGGAGCUUUACAUGCAGUGCUGUCUAAUUGCCACUUUGACUCUGUAGUUAAUACCCCAGGAGCCAGUGAUGAUGCUGUCAGUUGUGCAGUGAUGCUUGAAAUACUGAACACUCUUUCAAAGUCAGCUGAUCCCCUUCAACAUGCCAUCAUAUUCCUCUUUAAUGGUGCAGAAGAAAGUAUCUUGCAGGCUAGUCAUGGUUUCAUCACACAGCAUCAUUGGGCCAAGUCGAUAAGAGCAUUUAUUAACCUGGAGGCAGCAGGUGUAGGAGGAAAAGAACUUGUUUUUCAAACAGGACCUGAGAAUCCCUGGUUGAUACAAGCAUAUGUCUCUGCAGCCAAACAUCCUUUUGCCUCUGUGAUAGCUCAGGAAGUAUUUCAAAGUGGAUUACUCCCUGUAGAGACAGACUUCCGCAUCUACAGAGACUUUGGCAACAUUCCAGGAAUAGACUUGGCCUUUAUUGAAAAUGGCUACAUUUAUCAUACAAAAUUUGACACAGCAGACAGAAUUUUGACAGAUUCAAUUCAGAGGGCAGGGGACAAUAUUUUAGGUAUGCUACAGUACCUAGCAACUUCAGAUAAACUGGCCAGAUCUUUUGAGUAUCAGCAUGGAAAUACGGUCUUCUUUGAUGUGCUUGGUCUCUUUGUAUUGGCAUAUCCUGCUCGUGUGGGCACCAUCAUGAACUAUAUCGUAGCAGCCACUGCUAGCCUUUAUAUAGGCAAAAAAUUACUGCAGCCCAGAAACAAGGCUCUUUCCUACAUAAAGGAGUUUUCUGUUGCAUUUGGCUUAAUGCUCGUGAGCUGGCUCUCCACAUCGGUGACUGUCGUUAUUGUAGCACUGUUCAUUUCUCUCAUUGGGCGAUCUCUUUUCUGGUAUUCCCACUUCUAUGUCUCUGUCUUUUUAUAUGGAACUGCAGCUGCAGCUAAACUAAUCCUUGUGCACACAUUAGCAAAGAAGUUUUAUUAUAAGAAUACAAAUAAGCAGUACCUGGGGGAGGUGUUCUUUGAUGUCUCGCUGGCUUGUUGGUCUGUUGCACUGGUGGUAGUCACUCAGCUAGGUCUUGGCUCUGCAUUUGUAUGUGCAAUGUGGGUAGCAUUUCCUUUACUCACAAAGCUAAUGGUCCAUAUGGAAUUCAAACAAAAUGGUGCCACAAUUAGAUUUGCCAUGAUUUAUAUGCUGGGAAUGCUUAUUCCAUACCUCUAUAUAAUGUACAUCAUCUGGACAGUAUUUGAAAUGUUGACUCCCAUCCUGGGGCGAAGUGGGACAGAAAUUCCGCCUGAUGUAGUGAUGGCAGGCCUUAUUGUGAAAAGUACUAUAGUUCUGUCUUCCUAUUUUCUAAACUUCAUCUACCUUGCUAAAAGUACAAAGAAGACUCUAACAAGUUUAACUACAGUAUUUAUGGUUACAUUAGUUCUUGUUUGCAGUGGAAUCUUCUUUCCAUACAGUUCUGAUCCAGCUAAUCCAAGACCUAAACGAGUCUCACUCCAGCAUACGAAUAGAAGAUUUUAUGGUCUAGAUGGAAAGUUGGUAAAAAGUGAUUCUGGAAUAUGGAUUAAUGGGAAUGACUACACUGGAAUAUCUCACAUCACUGCUCAUAUACCUGAACUCAAUGAAAGCAUUAGAGCUCCUUGUGAGGAGCAGGCCCCUCACUGUGGCUUUCCUUGGAUGCUCCCUGUGCAUACUUUCUUCAGAAAGACCUGGUAUCUUCCUGCUCCAGAACUUUUUCUAAAACGCCCUGUUCAUUUUAAACUUCUAAGCAAACAGCGAACGCCUUGGGAUUCCACAAAGUUAACUUUUGAAGUAUCAGGUCCAAGUCAUAUGUCACUUUACGUUCAACCACAUGAAGGGACAACAUUAUCUGCAUGGUCUCUUGGAGAUGGAACUCCUGUUGCUAAUGUGAGAGGAGAUUACUUUGUGUUUUACUCUCAUGGGCUGCAGGCUACAGCAUGGCACUUCUGGAUAGAAUUGACGGCUGCAGAAAAUCAUUCUGAUGGGGUAGUCUCUCUCGCCAUAGCAGCACAUUACCUCUUUGGGGAAGAUCACGUGUCACCUCAGCUGCACGCCUUACUGGAAAGAUUUCCAAACUGGACGUUCCCUUCUGGCUGGGACUGCACCUAUGACUACUUUGUCUUUUAGUUUUCCAACAAGGCAAAGCUGAGACUUAUCUCAUGAUGGAGGAUGCAGCUCAGUCAUAGCAGAUUCAUUCUUCAGGGGCAAGAAAACUGCACAUGUCUGAAAAAUACUUUGAUUAUGAAUGGUGUUUCUGUAGCAACUCAACUACCUAAAGCAGGGGUGUUCAAACCUCAUCCUGCAGGCAAGUGCUGCUCCUCUGCUGCCAAAUUUCUAAACCCAUGGGGAGCCCUGAGGGCCAGAUAAUGUGGCUCUAUGUGCUGUAUUGGGCCUGCAGGGCCUGAUUCUGGUGUGCUGGUCCAGGUGGAGGUGCUGAUUGAGGCAUGUGGGACCUGAUCUGGCCUAUGGACUGACCCCAUGCAACUCAUCCGGUCCACAGGCCAAACGUCAUAACACCACUGACACGAAGGAUAAUUGGGUCUCUGUCCUGUUGCUGUAGCCCUCUGGGGCUGUGGGAGAAGGAGAUCCUUCACAUCGUGUGGAGCUGCAAUUCUUCCAUUUUUCCUACUGAAAUGGUAGUGUGGCACUAACUUGGAAACUGUACUUGAAGAAGUAACUUUCAGAGUAACUCACCAGGCAUUGUAGUGAGGGACUCUAAAGAAAUUUGCAGGUGUCGUUCAAAAUAUUUCUCAUGCUUUAAAUACCUACCUUUAAGUACACUCCAGGAAAUUAUGCACAGAAAAACUCAAAAUUAUGCAAAAUUAAUUUCUUUUAUUUUUUUACAAAUUAAACUAAGUAGCAUGAUUUGAACUUUCUUUAGAGAUAUACAGGUACUUUGGAUGGGUGGGGGGAUUUGGAA